AUGGGAAAGAGGUCAAGAAGCGCUCCAGGAAUGGUUGCUGGCAGGCCUUGCAAGUCCAGAAAAGUAAAAUGCGGAGAGGAAAAGCCCACAUGUGCCAACUGUCAACGACAAGGCGAAACCUGUGACUAUAGUAUCCGAUUGAAUUGGGACGGUCGAAGUAAAAAGAAAGAUGACGGAAAACCCGGCUCUCAAAUAAUAUCCUUCGGUACACCUCAGUCGAUGUCGCAGUCUGUCUCAAAUGGGUAUGCCAAUGGCACCCAUGACCAAAGUCCCAACGGCCAAAUUCCCACUCCUCGAGCCUCCCACCUCCCAAUUCAACCUUCUCCUGGUUAUCAUGUUGACCAGCCCGUGCCGGAGCCAUCCUUGCCGCCGAUCAACAAUUUUGCAAAUAAUCCUCCUCUUCCGGCGACCGAGUUCAACCCGACCAUCCUUCCUCCUCCACCCGUCCUCAGAACUCCGCAAUGGGGCGACAGCGCAAGUAUUUCUUCACAAGAACUGACAGCGAUGCCUUCGUUACGAUCAUCGCUCUCCUUUCCUGCGUAUCCCUCUCCGUCGGACUCGGUGUUUGGAAGUCCAAACCUCCCCAAUGGAAUGUAUCAGGUCAACGGGCAUUCCGUGCAUAUGCCUCCGCGGAUGCCCACGUCCAAUCCCAUGAACUAUCAAGAAACCGUGAAUUCGCCCUAUAACCCGGCGAAGAGAAUGAAGCUGAGUCCACGAACGGACAGUUUUGGGAGAACAACCAACUACCAACGAGCUGGGUCGUAUGGCCCAAAUGAUACCGAGGAGCCCGCCCGAGUCCAGUUCAAUCCCAAUACGCCGACCAUUUUCCCUCCUUAUCUCAGCAAUCCUUUGACUCCUGCAGCUUCGUCGACAUCACAUGUCUCGCAGGAUAACGAGGACCGGCGGAUAUCCGUGAGCUCCUUAUUAUCAGAGGACCCGGAGCCGGAUGAUGCUAAGCCUGCAAAUCCAAACGAACAAAAUGCCGCCACUGAGGAGCAAAUCCCACGGCGAGGGUCACUUCAUCAACGCAUGGUAUCAUACUCAGAAACGGAGACCUACGGUCAAGACCGGGGAAAUGUUGAUCUAGAUAUCCCGCGGAACAACGACACGAUGGCCAUCUCAGGCAUGUCUCCUUCGGAACAUAGUGAUUUCGAAUCUUGGUUAAAUGAUACCGAUCUGGGAAUACCCGAGUUUGGAUUUGGUCUGGUCAGCCGAGACCCCGUGUUUGCGAAGGGAGGAUACUAUGCCACUCCAGUUCCGAUCAAGAUACCGCGAAAAUUGGAACCACUGCCUCGAACGCUCUCCGAGAACCCGAUGAACUUAUUGUACUUUCAUCAUUUCCUCAAUCACACUGCGAGGAUUCUGGUGCCACACGACUGUCCGGAAAAUCCCUUCAAGACAAUCUUGCCCAAGAUGGCCGUGGAUAACCCGAAUUUGCUCAAUCUCCUUCUGGCGUAUUCCGCGUCCCAUCGAGCCAGGCUAUUGAAUCAUCCUGAACCAGCUAACCGAAUAGCUCUCUGGGUUCGAGAUGUUUUCCCUUCCCUCCGGCAGACGUUGGACAACGUAUCGAACACCGAGGUUUCUAAUGCGAACUUAGCAACCGCAAUCAUGCUGGCGUCCCUGGAGAUUAUUUCUCCGUCCAGUUUCGGAGUUUCCAUACCGUGGCAGAACCAUUUGAGUAUUGCUCGAAGCAUUAUCCGCGCCCGAGGUGGACCACAUUCUAUUUCGCGCAAAGAUCCGGUCAUGUACUUUUUGACAAGGUGGCUGGCAUACCUUGACGUCAUGGGAUCGCUGUCGGGGAGACGCAACGAAGAGCCUCUAUUUGAAGGCAACUACUGGUCGAGUUCUCAUGAAGAUAGUACUUCCGCGAAGGAGCUGUCUUUGACGGACGACGACGAUGGCGAUGACGAAGAUGACUAUACGAUCGACUGCUUGCUCGGAUUCACCACUCGAUGUGUCUCGAUCCUGGCACAAGUGGCUUUGUUAGCCAGGCAAUGCGAGGCGGGCCGAAUUGACAGCGAGACCGGUCAAAUCAACGAGGCAUGGAGACCCUCAGCGGAUAUUUUGAAGAAGGCAGAAAAGCUGCGGCAUGAUCUUGAACACGCCCGCAAUCAUGAACAGAUUCAGUGUUCCCAUCACAGCCCUCAACUCACCAAAGCACAUUUAUGCGGCACCGGGAUCCGUCGCAACUCGGCUUAUAUGGAGAUGUCGGAGAAGGACGCAGAAGAAUCGUUGGCGACCAAUUCAGCCUUCCACUGGGCUGGAUUGGUGCAUCUUCUCCGGCGAAUCCACAAUCUUCCUCGCAGCGACCCCGAGGUUCAAACUGCAGUGCAUGAAAUUGUCAGGAUUCUUCGAACAAUCCGAGAAGGAGGAAGCGCUGAAGCGUGCCUGCUCUUUCCAAUGAUCACGGCUGGAGUUGAAGCUGAGGAUCCGCUUGAUCGAGCAGAAAUAUUGAGUCGGAUCAAGGGCGUGGAAGGACUUGGGAUGUGCCAAGUCAGUCGAGCUCGAAAGAUUAUGGAAGAGGUAUGGAGGACUGGCGUCAGUUGGGAAUGUCUGACGACAGGCGAGUUCUUUGGGUAA